AUGUCACGGCCGCCUGUUUCUGGGUCGUCGAAAUCUCGCGCGGACGCUCCACCUACACACAUUCCACAAACGCAUCUCCCCCGUAUCAAGCGUUACGCCACACGAGAUUUAAACUUCCCCAAGCCAUCCAGCAAAGGAAAGCCAACGGAUCCUAAAUUGAGGGAGAAGGUCAAGGAGGACGUGAAGAACGAGACCAACAAGGACGGUGGUGGCAAGGGACAAUGGAGUGCUUGGAAGGCUAGCAAGCUCUCGAAAGAGUACGAAAAGAAGGGCGGCGGCUACGAGAACGAGGCUGGCAGCAAGAACGAACCGAAGAAGGGAGCCCCACAACAAAAGUCCAAGGGCAAGAAGAAGGCCGAAGAGAAAGAAGAGAAGGAGGAAGAACCAGAGAAAGCGGAAGACGAAGAGCCUGCGGAAGAAGACGACAAGGAGAACGAGAAGAAGCAGGAUACCGAAGAAGAGAAGGAAAACAACGAGGCUGAGGAAGAGGAUAAAGAAGAGGAGGCCCCUCCAAGCGCACAGAAGCCCAAGGCCAACACUGGUGCGAAGAAGACUGGCGCCAAAGCUGGUGCUAAGGGUGCGGCAAAGUCUGCUGAGCCAAAGAAGGCAGCCGCUCCUAAGGCGAAAGCCAAGGAGAGGACAGAGGGAACCAGGAAGUCAUCGAGGGUUGCCGGCGCUGGCAAGCGGAAGACGUAUGACGAGGAUGAGAAUGACGGUGAGGAGGAAGAGAAGCCAACCAAGGGUAAGGCGAAGAAGAGCAAGUCCUGA